AUGGUGACAACUCUUUCCUCUUCUGACGUCAAAGUAGGACCAGAAGUGUUCAUCAAUUUCCGAGGAGAUGAGCUGCGUAAGUCCUUCAUCUCUCAUCUCUAUUCUAGAUUGAGAAGUGAAGGGAUCAACGCUUUUAUAGACACUGAUGAAGGCGCUGGCCAAGAACUCGAAAACCUUUUCAAAAGGAUCGAGGAGUCGAAGAUUGCGCUGGCGGUUUUAUCGAGUAGGUACACGGAGUCACAUUGGUGUUUGCAGGAGCUAGUUAAGAUCAAGGAAUGUAGCAUGAAAAGUGAAGGAUGCAAUAACAAUUUAUUUGUCAUUCCAAUCUUCUACAAGCUGGAGACAUCCACGGUAAGGGAGCUUACAGGAAAGUUUGGUCUUAAUCUCUGGGAUCUCUGGAGGGUACCCGGUCACGAUCGUAAUCGAGACAAUCGGAUUGUUAAGUGGAACGAAGCAUUGGAGAAUGUUCUCGGCAAAAAGGCCUUGAUAUUGACAGAAACCGGUAAGGAGGACGAUUUCUUGUCAACAAUCGUCACACAUGUUAAGAAUGCCCUAGGCGCAAUUUCCUCAAAAAGAGGAAAAAACCCUAAACCACAUAAUGGGGGAGGAGUAAACCCUAAGCCCAAAAAAUGUCUUACCAUAUCAUCAAACAAUACUGAACCAGGGGAACAACGCCUAAAGGAACUGGAAGGAAAGUUGGAUGUUCAUUGCAAUGAUAACGAUACUCGUAUUCUUGGACUCGUCGGGAUGCCCGGAAUCGGCAAAACCUAUCUUGCCAAGAAACUCUUCGACAAGCUUAAGAACCGGAUCAUUUAUUGUGUGUUCAUCCAGUUCGAGCGUCAGAAGUCCAAGGAGCAGGGAGCAGAGUGGCUACAGAAGAGGCUUGUGGAAGGUUUACUAGAUCAAGAUGAUCUCAAAUUACGAUGCGCGGAUCAAAAUGCAGUUGAGUCUUGGAUGAAGCGCCUUGGAAAAUAUAAGAUCGUGGUUAUUCUCGAUAAUGUUAUUGACCGGGAACAAAUUGAUGAGGUUAUUAGGAACCAGGACUGGAUUAAGAAAGGGAGCAGGAUCGUCAUCACAACACGAGACAAGUCAAUCCUCGAGGGACUGGCUUGCGAUCUCUAUGAGGUCCCUGAGUUGAAUGAGAGAGAGGGCUUGGAGCUAUUUAGAGCUCAAAUGUGUACUACUCUCGAGGGAAGUUUCAUGGAACUGUCUAGAAAGUUCGUGGACUUUUCUGGAGGUAACCCAUUAGCUCUCAAGGCAUUUGGUGAGGAGCUUUGUGGGAAAGACAAGAGUCACUGGGAAGCAAGACUUGGAACACUCACACAAUGUUCCAACCAGAAUAUUGGAAGACAGUUGAGAAUCUGUUUUAAUGAACUAAACGAGCAGCAGAAAGAUGCGUUUCUUGACAUAGCCAAUUUCUUUAGAUCACAAGAUGAGCACUACAUCAGAAGUUUACUCGAUUCUUCUGGCCCUGAAUAUGUCGGAGCUAGGAACGAACUUAGCGAUCUUUUAGAUAAGUUCUUAAUUAGACUAUCUGAUGGUCGAGUUGAGAUGCAUGAUCUUCUAAUUACAAUGGCCAAGGAGCUUGCAAAAACAAGUGGAGGGAAAUAUUGGCUAUUUCCUUCAAGAUUUGCAGGGUCUACUAAUACGUUGAAAAACAAAGAGGUGAGACUUGAUCAACAGGGAAAGGAGAAAGUUAGAGGUAUUAUCUUAGACAUGUCCAAAAUGGAAGAAAAGCCCUUACACAACCAAGCGUUUGUUGGUAUGAGAAGUCUACGAUACCUGAAAAUCUACUAUUCUCUCGGUCCUAAGCACCGUGAAGUUGAGUGCAAAUUAAAUUUACCAGAUGGAAUUGAGUUUCCAGAAGAUAAUAUUGUACGAUAUCUCGACUGGGUGAAUUUUCCAGGGAAUGAACUUCCAUCAGACUUUGAACCCAAGAAUCUUAUCGAUCUUAGGUUGCCUUACAGCAAGAUUACUAGAGUAUGGAACUGUGCUAAGGUUGCACCGAACCUGAAAUGGGUCGAUUUAAGUCACUCGAGUAACUUAAGUUCCAUUUUAGGUCUAUCAGAUGCCCCAAAUCUUUUGAGAUUAAACCUUGAAGGCUGCAAGAGUUUGAAAGGGCUACCUGAGGAGAUGCAAAAGAUGAAGAAUCUUGUUUUCCUAAACCUAAGAGGAUGCACAAGUCUCUUGUCUCUGCCAAAGAUUACUAUGGAUUCUCUAAAAACUCUCAUUCUCAGCGACUGCUCAAAGUUUCACACGUUUGAGGUGAUUUCAGGAAGUCUUGAAACUCUGUACUUAAACGGCACUGCAAUAGAUGGACUUCCUCCUGCCAUUGGUAAUCUCCACGGACUAAUCUUCUUGAAUUUGAAGGACUGCAAAUAUCUUGCGACUCUUCCUGAUUUUAUUUGGAAGCUGAGAUCUCUGCAAGAACUCAAACUCUCUCGUUGUUCAAGGCUCAAUAGUUUCUCGAUUGAUAAGGAGAACAUGGUAAAGUUGCGGGUCUUACUGCUAGACGAAACAUCAAUAGCAGAGAUACCAGCCAACAUUACCUAUUUAUCUUCACUGCGACGUCUAUGCUUAAGCAGAAAUGAUACAAUCUGCAGCAUACAAUUUGACAUGGAUGAACUACUCCAUCUCAAGUGGCUCGAGUUAAAGUGUUGUAAGAAUCUCACAUCUCUUUCGAGGCUUCCACCGAAACUCCAAUGCUUAAAUGCACAUGAUUGUACUUCACUAAGAACGCUUGAAAGUCCAGUGACUCUUCUUAUGCCAACAGAGCAGAUUCAUUCCACCUUCAUUUUCACUAACUGUCACGAACUGGAACAAACCUCAAAAAAUGCUAUCAUAUCUUACUUUCAGAAGAAAAGCAAGUUGAUGUCAGAUGAUCGAUAUAAUCAGGAUUUUGUCUUCAAAGCCUUGAUCAGUACUUGCUUUCCUGGAUGUGAAGUACCUGCAUGGUUUAACCACAAAGCAUUGGGAUCAGUCUUAGAGCUGGAGCUUCCUCAAGGUUGGAAUGAAGAAAGAAUCACUGGGAUAGCUCUAUCUGUUGUAGUCUCGUUCAACGGGUGCACAGACCAAAACAACAGUCUCCAAGUGAAAUGUACCUGUGAGUUUACUAAUGUCUCUUUGAGCUCGGAAAGUUUCAUUGUUGGUGGUUGGUCCGAACCAGACGAAGAGCCACAUACGGUUAAGUCUGAACAUGUCUUCAUUGGCUACACCACUUGGUUCAACAUCAAGAAACGUCAACAACAUUCAUCAGUCGAUUCUGUUUCUCUUAGAUUUGAAGUGACAAAUGGUACAAGCACGGUUGCAGAAUGCGAGGUGAUGAAGUGUGGCUUCUCUUUGGUUUAUGAGCCGGAAGAAGCUGAGAACACAUCUUGCGAGGAAAAUUCAAGGAUGGAUAAAAGCAGCUCUUUUACAGUAGAUAAUGAUGAUUGCCCUGGUGAAUCCUACUCUGAUAAUACGCCAACCACAGCGGACUCUAAGAAGACAAAUAGUUUCCUGGAUAGUUUAUUACGUAGAAGAGCGCAAUGA